AUGCGACGAGUCACACAACUUUUACCACGGAGUAUAUCCCAAACGACGUGCCCGCCAACUUCAUUUGCAGGUAACUUUCGAAAUAGAGCUGCACCGCAACUUUUCAUAAAGCCGAUCGCUCCCUCAUGUCUUCGCACAUUUACUUCGACUUAUAGCUGGAGAAAGGAGAAGAGUUACACGGAGAAGGCUAAAGAAUUGAAUCAAAAGGGAUUAAAUAAGGAAGAAGAUUGGUUCCACAACCAGCUUGAUGAAGCGAUCGGCGAGCAAAAGGAAAUACAAGCAAGAACGCCAUGGCAUAGAGAAGGCUCUGAUAAACCUCCUGUGAAGAGAAAUAGAAGUGCUGGGGCUAUGACAAAAGGAAAACUUCUUACUACCCCCUCACGACUCUUGAAACUUAUCUUACCUCUAACCACGCUGGACAAGAACUCCGAUCGUAAAGACAUCGAACCAUUGGCUCUUCUCGUCCAUCCUCAACAGCCUCUUUCCUACCUCGAACGUCUUAUACAGUCCGAAUUGCCCAUGAUAACAGCCAAAGAUGGCCAUACCGAAAAAGUACCCGAAGUGUAUUUCCGAGCUGAGGAUUCCGCACAAGAUGAAAUUAGAGCAGAUGCGAGAAAAGACGACAUGGACGAAGGAGGUACGGACGAACAGAUGGUUGAUGGGAAAAUCAUGAAACUCGGGAAAAUCAACAGCUCGAAAGAUAAAAGUAUGUCUAGGGAAGAAAAAGAACAAAUACAAAGCGAAUUAAGAGGGGGACCUGGCGAAGGAGGCGUCGAAAGUUAUUCAGGGCAUGGACGUGAACAAUCUUCUGAAGGGAAAGUAAAAUUCGUGCGUUGGUCUUCGUCGACUGAGAUUGGAGAUUUCAUUCGCGAUGCUGCGCGGGGAAAGGAAUUUGCAGUAGAGAUUGAAGGAUCAUCUCACGAGAUUCGAGUUGGGGUUCCAUCGUUCAAUGAUCGGACUCAUUACCUCCGAGUGCGUUUACGGAAGACGAGCCGGAAAUUGGCGGACUAUGCCAAAGUCAAGAAAGAGUGCGAUGACCUUGCACAUCGAGGAGCGCGACAUAUUGCCAUGGGCGGGUUUGGCGUGCUUGUUAGUUGGUGGGCGGCGAUUUACUAUAUUACGUUUCAGACGUCUUAUGGAUGGGAUACUAUGGAACCUGUUACUUAUCUAGCUGGUCUAUCGACUAUCAUCCUGGGUUACUUGUGGUUUCUGUACCAUAAUCGCGAAGUCUCUUAUAGGUCUGCGCUUAACUUGACGGUUUCGAGAAGACAGGGCACGCUGUAUCAAGCGAAGGGAUUCGAUUUGCAGAAGUGGGAGGCGUUGAUUGAUGAGGCGAAUGCGUUGAGGAAGGAGGUCAAGAGUAUUGCCGAUGAGUAUGAUGUGGAGUGGGAUGAGAAGGCUGAUGAGGGGAGUGAGGAGGUCCAUGAUGCGCUGAAAGCUGAGAGAAAAAAGUCGAAGAGGAGGGAGAAGGAAGAUGAAGGGGAUGAAGCUGAGUCGGAUGAGGAUGAGGAUAAGAAGGGUAAAAGGAAGUGUAAGGAUGAUUGA